AUGCUGGGCUCGGUGAAGAUGGAGGCCCAUGACCUGGCCGAGUGGAGCUACUACCCGGAGGCGGGCGAGGUGUACUCACCGGUGACCCCAGUGCCCACCAUGGCUCCCCUCAACUCCUACAUGACCCUGAACCCUCUGAGCUCUCCCUACCCCCCCGGGGGGCUCCCUGCCUCUCCACUGCCCUCAGGACCCUUAGCGCCCCCAGCCCCCGCAGCGCCCCUGGGACCCACCUUCCCAAGCCUGGGCGCCAGCACUGGUGGCGGUGGCAGCUCAGGGUAUGGGGGCCCGGGCCCGGGGGUGCACGGGAAGGAGAUGCCCAAAGGCUACCGGCGGCCCCUGGCCCAUGCCAAGCCGCCAUAUUCCUACAUCUCGCUCAUCACCAUGGCCAUCCAGCAGGCACCGGGCAAGAUGCUGACCCUGAGCGAGAUCUACCAGUGGAUCAUGGACCUGUUCCCUUACUACAGGGAGAAUCAGCAGCGCUGGCAGAACUCCAUCCGCCACUCCCUGUCUUUCAACGACUGCUUUGUCAAAGUUGCGCGCUCCCCAGACAAGCCAGGCAAGGGCUCCUACUGGGCCCUGCACCCCAGCUCAGGUAACAUGUUUGAGAACGGCUGCUACCUGCGCCGCCAGAAGCGCUUCAAGCUGGAGGAGAAGGUGAAGAAAGGGGCUGGCGGGACGUCCACCCCGAGGAACAGUGCCGGCUCUGCUGCCUCGGCCACCGCCCCUGCUGCCACGAUCACCUCCCCCACCCAGCCCCAGCCCCCACCGCCGGAGCCUGAGGCCCAGGGUGGGGAAGACGUGGGGGCUCUGGACUGUGGCUCACCUCCUUCCUCCACCCCCUAUUUCACUGGCCUGGAGCUCCCGGGGGAGCUGAAGCUAGAUGCACCCUACAACUUCAACCACCCCUUCUCUAUCAACAACCUGAUGUCAGAACAGACACCAGCACCUCCUAAACUGGACGUGGGGUUUGGGGGCUACGGGGCAGAGGGUGGAGAGCCUGGGGUCUACUUCCAGGGAGCCUAUCCCCGCUCUCUGCUUAAUGCAUCCUAG